AGGAUGUAGGUUGAAAAAAAGUAGAUAUGACAUCGAGAAAGGCCUAUAUAUAAAGUGACAAGAAAUGCUCAAUUUGUAACAACAAUGGAGUUCCAGUUUCUCAAUUCUCUCCCAAUUUUUAUUGCUGUCCUUUUGUUCAUCAUCAGUAUCAUUAUCUUCAUUAUCAAAACCUUUGGUUCACUUGAUAGACAAAACAAAAACCUUCCCCCACAACCAUGGAAGCUUCCUAUAAUUGGCAACAUGCACCAUCUUUUAGGAGAACCACCACACCGAGCUCUUAAAAACUUAGCCGAAAAACUGGGACCAGUUUUUCGGCUACAACUUGGUGAAAUAUCUGCUGUUGUGAUCUCAUCUCCACUUGUUGCCAAGGAAAUCAUGAAAACCCAUGAUCUCUCUUUCGCAGAUAGACCCAAGCUUCUCUGUGCCGAGAUAGUUGCAUACAACUAUACAAACAUCGCCUUUUCACCAUAUGGAAACUAUUGGAGACAAAUGCGUAAGAUAUGCGUAUUGGAGCUUCUAAGUGCGAAGAAAGUUCGAUCCUUUCAAUCUAUUCGUGAAGAAGAGUCAUGCAGCCUUGUUGAAUCUGUGGCCUUGCAAAGAUUAAACACAAUUAACCUUAGUGAGAGUAUAUUAGUGAUGAUGAACACGAUCAUAUCCAGGGUUGCUGUUGGGAGCACCUGCAAGGAUCAGGAGACCCUUCUUCCGCUCCUUGAAGAGUCUUCAAAUUUAGCUAGUGGUUUUGAUGUGGCUGAUCUAUUUCCAUCUAUUAAAGUAGUACAUCGAGUUAGUGGCAUGAGAAACAAGCUCAUGAAUAUACACAAGAAGAUGGAUAAGAUUUUGAAUAGCAUCAUCUCCGACCAUCAAGAACUUCGUCGUCGUGGUGGUGGAUUGACCAAUCAUGAGAACGAAGAUCUCCUUGAUGUUCUAUUGAGGCUUAAAGAUGAUGGUGGUCUUGAGUUUCCAAUAACUCAUGACAACAUCAAAGCAGUCAUAUUGGAUAUGUUUAGUGCAGGCACGGAUACAUCUUCAGUGACAAUCCAAUGGGCGAUGUCAGAACUAAUUAAGAAUCCGAGGGUUAUGAAGAAAGCACAAUCCGAACUCCGUGAGGCACUCAAGGGAAAAACAAAGGUACACGAGUCUGACAUACAAGAACUAGGAUACCUUAAGCUAGUGAUUAAGGAAACCUUAAGGUUGCAUCCACCCGUUCCAUUCUUGUUACCUAGAGAAUGUAGGGAAACGUGUGAGAUAGGCGGAUACACGAUUCCAAUCAAAUCAAAAGUCAUAAUUAAUGGAUGGAAAAUAGGACGUGAUCCGGAUUACUGGGUGGAUGCAGAGUGUUUCGUGCCAGAGAGAUUUAGUGAUGAGAGUUCCAUUAACAAGAUGGAAACAAAUUUUGAAUAUCUUCCAUUUGGCGCGGGAAGAAGGAUGUGCCCGGGCAUGUCGUUGGGAUUGGCUAAUGUGGAGCUUCCUCUUGCGAUGUUACUCUACCACUUCAACUGGGAACUCCCGAAUGAAGCAGCAGCUGAAUGUAUUGAUAUGAGCGAGUCUUUAGGGGUCACUCUUAAAAGGAAAAAUGACUUGGUUUUAGUUCCAAUUCCUUAUAAUACUAAUGAUCAUUGAUGCGCUCGCGUUUGUGAAUCAUGUAUUCAAGAUUUCAAGUCUCUUUUUGUGUAA